AUGAAUUCAACUUUCAGCGCCAACAUUUUUCCAAGUAGUUCAACGACGGCUUCCCAGUCGUCGUACGUCGUAAGUUUCGAGAAUGGAAAAAUUUGGAGGGUUGAAAAAAAGGAUUUUGAAGUUACAUAUUGAGAUUGAGUCGAGGAACAAAGAAAAUAAUGGAAGUCGAAAAAAAAAUUAAUCUUUAUUUAAUCUUUACAUUAUCUCACUGGGGACCGUUUUUUAGCCCCAGUUUGAAAUUUCGAGGAUUCUUUGGGACCUCCUGGCUUUAGAAAAAAAGGAGCAUUAUCUUUUUUCCGAUUUCUGAAGCUUCAAAUUUAAGAAAACACGAAAAGUAUGACGCUAUUUCCAGCUUUUGAAGUGUCUUAAAUCGAAACUUAGGUUCUUUGCGAGCAAUUAUUUUUUUUUUCGGAAUCCGGAGGUCCUAGGGUACACUUCAGCAAAGUUUUAUCAAAAAUAGGGGUUGUAAAACGUUCCUAAUGCUAUUUUCAAAGUGAUUCCGCGAAAUCCAAAAUAUCCGUCAGAGGAAGAAAAAAACUAAAUUUUGGAGGAUCAGAGGGAACUUUGCAUUUGGUACACGGCAUCAGGCCUUUGUUUAAGAUUUCCGCGAAAUGCAAAAUUAUCUCUGACUCUCCAAAAUUUAGUUAUCUUUUCCUUUCUCUAACGGGUAUAAUGGAUUUCGCGGAAUCACACGGCAUAAAAAGUGUACAAGACAAAAUGCAGCGGUAUGAAAAAAAGACCAGCGAAAAUUCAAACGGCGACUUUUCGAUUUUUUCAUAUCGCUAGGGAACUUUCCGACAGCCACCUUUCCGACGAAUAUUCUUCCGACUUUUUUCCUUAUGUUUUUCGGUUUAUAAAAACAUUUAUGAAGAUUUUUUUCUAUUUCGUUGUGUUUUAAUAAUGAACCAACUACCUGCUUUAUAUAGGAAGAUUUAAAACGAAGGUUUUAUCGAGAAAAAAGUCGGAAAAAGAUUCGUCGGAAAGUUCUCUAGCCAUUUGAAAAAUCGGAAAAAUCGCCGUUUGAAUUUUCGCUGGUCUUUUUUUCACACCACCAAAAUUCCGAAACCGCGAAGUUGGGCGGCCAAAUGAACAAAGGACCUUCUUUGCUAGAUCAAAACCAUUUUUUGACCAUUUGCAGGACAGACUGGAACCCUCCCAGGCGAUGUCAUUCACAGCGACGUCUGUGAGGGACAUGGGCAAGCCGCCGGUUCGCGGCAAGACCUCGCCGUAUGGAUUUUUCGUCAAAAUGUGCUACGAGGAGCACAAGAAGAAGUAUCCGAAUGAGAACGUCCAAGUGACGGAAAUCUCCAAGAAAUGCUCCGAAAAGUGGAAGGUUUCUUUUUUUUUUUUGAGGUUUCAAAAUGAAAAACAUGAUUAUUUAGACAAUGGUUGAUGAGGAGAAACGACGUUUUUAUGAACUGGCACAGAAAGAUGCGGAAAGAUAUCAAGCCGAGGUUAUUUUUUCGUGAAUUAUUGAUUUAUUCUGACCAAAUUUCGCUUCGAGACAUUUUUUGCAGUUUUAAAGAGCAAAAGUGCAAAAAAGCUGUUUUUUAGUUUUUUCUGAACAGACUAUAGUCUGUUCGCAUUUAAAAUGUCAUUUUGUUGCUCAAGCUCCGCCCCUUUUUGUGCUAUAAGCCAAUCAGAGAGCGAGCCAUCCACAGAGCGUUUUUCGAAUGACGUCAUUGAUCAAAAAUCUGAAAAGGAUUAUUUUUUAGCGAAAAUUGAUGGAUUUUUGAAACGUAAAUUUGCGUUUAAAGCUCAAAAAAAUCUUUUUAUUCAUAAAAAAAAUUGCUUUAUUUUUUUACUUUUUCUCAUAAUUUUCUUAUGUUUGACACUAGAAAUCAUCAUUUUCCAGAAGAGUUUUUACGUUUUUGAAAUGCAAAAACUGUAAUUAAAAAUGAAUUUUUUUCUGGUUUUUUUCCUAUGGAAAAUCUUUUCUUCUGGAAAGGAAUUUAAUUAAUUUUGCAGUUUGAGAUUGAAAAAAACUUCUGAAAAGGAUUAUCUUUUAGCGAAAAUUGAUGACUUUUGAAACGUUAAUUUGUGUUUUUAGACCAAAAAAAUCCGGAUUAAAUCUCAUUUUUUUCUUCAUAAAAAAACUUGCUUGAUUUUUUUCUUUUUUUACCCAAUUCGCUCCAUUUUUUUCGCUAGAAAUCUCCAUUUUUUUCAUUAGAUUUUUCACGAAUCUCACUUUUUAAAGAUGCAAAAACUAUCAUUAAGAAUAAAUUUCUGUAGUGUUUUUUUAAUGGAAAAUCUGUCUUUUCAGAGAAUUUUUUUAAUUUUUUUGCAGUUUGAGAUUUUUUUCUGCUUCAGGAACAUUCAAUUCUUCAUUUUUCCCCACCACUUUAUCAUUCCGAACGAUAAGAAUCUUGAAAAGUUUUGAGAGAGAGAGUGGCAAAAUGAUUGAUCGAUGUCUGGGAACGUUGACGUUCCCUUCUUCUGAAAUGAAAAAUUGUCUUUCGUCGGGAAAUUUCGACCUUUCUUGAGAUUUUAUUGAAAAAUGGGAUCGAACUGAAAAACCGAUAGGAAAAAAAGAAAUCGUUAACGGGAAGUCAUAAGUAAAAAAAGUACUUUUUAUUGAAUAUUUCAAAAACAAUUCCUGUCGUUCUUAUUGUUUAUUUUUAUCAUUGAAAUGUUGUAAAGAAGCAUUUUUGCGUUUUUUUUUUUUUGGUAAAGAAACUUCGAAUAAUUAAUGCCGUUAAAAUUUUGAAUUAUUACCAAAAAUUUGAGAAAAAAAAAUUUUUACAUGCAAGGUCUUUCGAAUUAUUUUUGUCUUUCUACAGUCGAUUUUCGAUUUUUUGGCCUCUUUCGCUUGAAAAUUAGGGCUCUAAUUGUUCAGUAUUUAGUUCGCUGAAGGAAAUUCGGAGGAAAAAUCGAACUUAAUUACUUUUUUUGGGAUUGGAAAAAUUAGGAUUAUUAAACUUAAUACAAGCUUUAUAACUUCCCCGAGCUCUUUCUAAUGAAAAAAAUCGAAGAGAAUUUAAUUUUUUUGAAGAAAUAUUCAAUCUAUUAAAAGCUAAAUAUCGAUUUUUUUCAAUUGCUUUUUCUUUUUAUACUUUUAUUUUUAUUUUAAAAAUUGGGUCUCUACAACAAUAAUAUAUAUCGCUAUAUGGCGAAUUUUGGGCGUGAAUUUUGGUUGAAAAAUGUUCAAAUUAGUCUCAAAACUUGGGGUUCCAAAAGUUGCCAUUUCGUUGUGGGACCCAAUUUUUUUUCAAGACUCUAUUAAUUCGCGUAUUUCGCGAGACAAUCUUUAACGAAUAACGCGUCAAUUUUGAAAACGCCGAAAAUUACUUCAGAAAAAGUAUGAAAAAUAAUUUUUUUUUUGCAGGUAGCAGCCUACGGCGGCGAGGACGCGAUGCGAAAACGCAAACGUGCCAAAAAGGAUCCAAAUGCGCCGAAAAGAGCCUUGUAAGAUCGCAAAAAAGUGCAUUCCUAUCGUCAUUUGCACGCAUUUCAGGUCGGCCUUCUUCUUUUUCUCCCAAGAUCGUCGUCCCGCCGUCCAAGGACAGCAUCCCGAGUGGAAAGUCGGACAGGUUCCUUCCUCUUUUUUAUUGUUAAGAUCCUUUUUGCAACUUUUUUGAGAAGUAGACCUUCUCACGUGUUUUUAUGAUUAAAAUAACGUUUACCUUGAAUUCUUUGGUCUUGAAACGAAAGCUCGGUUUACUGUAGUUUUUUUUUGCUUUUUGAAGGAAAAAAUAUUCGCGCCCAAAUUACCAUAUUCACAGGAAAACUUUUUCUUUUGAUCAUUUUUUCGCGAGAAUUUUGAGGUUUCUUUGGUUUUUUUUUUCUGACCAAAAUACCAUAUACCUAAUGAUCACAGGUCUCGAAGCGAAAGCUCGGUUUACUGUAGUUUUCCUGAUUUUUCAAUGAGAAAAUAAUUCGCGCGGGUAUGACUAUAUACGCGAAAACCGCCUUUUUUCUUUUUCUAAUGAUUAUUUUUUGAAAAAGUUUUUCUGCCCAUGCCGUAUACCUUUAGAUCCAGGUCUUGAAACGAAAGCUCUGUUUACUGUAGUUUUCCUACUUUUUUCUUAAAGGAGAAAAAAAUUCGCGCGGGUGUCAUUAUAUACGCAACAAAAAGGUCUUCUUUUCAUUUUCUUGUGAUUAUUUUUUGCAACAAAAGCUUUUCUGUCCAAAAUACCGUAUACCUUAAGAUCACAGGUCUUGAAACGAAAGCUCUGUUUACUGUAAUUUUUCCCUUAUUAUUAUGAACGCGCGGUUAUCACUAUAAACGCAAAAAACUGCAUUUUUUCUCUUUCUUGUAACUAUUUUUUGAAAAAGUUUAUCUGCCCAAAAUACCAUAUACCUUAAGACCACAGGACUUGAAGCGAAACGCGCAAAAAGCUCUGUAUACUGUGGUUUUUCAAACCUUUUUUACGCAAGAAAUUCACAAUAUACUCGAGAAAAACGGCUAAAUUUUAAACAGUGGAUUUUUCCGUUUUCAAAUGUUCAAAUCAACUGGAUCUUUUUUUCAAAGAAAUAUUGUAAAAAGGAUGAUUUUUUUGAAGGAAAAUGCCAUUUUUCACAAGCUUUUGUUAUUAUUCGUCAAAGAAAUACUUUUUAAAAAAAGCUCAAAAAAAUCUGUAUUUUUUUGGAAAAUUAUAAAUUCAUUUUUGUGAAAAAAAGCAUAGCGUGAAACGUGAAACGAGAGGAUUGUCUUUUUCAAAUUUUUGCUCAUUUUUUUACCUUCCUGUCAUCUCCAUGAAUUCUUCUGCACUGGAAAAAUUUACAUUUCGAUGAAAAUUUCGCUAAAAAUGUUGCUUUAUUUAUAUUAUAUAUUUAAUCCGUCCUUGAAGCCCAAGAAUUUUCAUAGAGAGCAAUUUUACAGGUCGCCCAAGAACUCGGCCGAUUGUGGAAAACAGUUCCCCAGGAAGAGAAGGAUAUGUACGAAAGAAAAGCGCAAAUGGAUAAGGAACGAUAUGCAGAGGUUCGAAUUUCACUUUACGGUUUCAAAAAAAUUUUUGGAUAGGUUAACUUUUCUUAAAAUUUUCUAUCGAAUCUUAGAAAGCUUGAAAAUUGAACUUGAAAUAUUAUUUUUCUCUGAAAUUGCUCUGAAAGUUGUAGAAUUCGAAAUUUUCGUAAAAAGCCCCCCAAAUAGUUCUAAAAAUCGCAAAAAUCUCGUUGUAAGACCCAAUUUUUUCUAAACUCCUAUUUCGCGAGAUCAAACGAAUUUUUCAAAUCGCCAAAAUUUUUUUGUAACGUGUUAACUUGAGACCCAAAAGAGGCGUGGCCUGUCUGCGCUCUCCGCUAACCAAGCACUGUCUCUGCUUUUUUUUCUAAAAUCUCGUCAGGACCUUUUUCAAUGGCCACGUUUUGUUAGUGGAAGAAAAUGCAAAAUCAAAAAUAAAAGGGGCGGAGUCAAAACCUCUGCCAUUCCCAUAUGACGUCAUGAGUAAUAAGCGUAAACAACAGGAAAUAUUAAAGGCGGCAUCAAUGGGUCUUGAGACGAAUCGACUUCACAUUUGAAACACGCAAUUUUUCGGUGUUAUUUUUUUUUAAUAUCAAAUGCGGUGUUCAGAGUGGUUCCGCGAAACUCAGAAUAGCCGCUUAAGAGUAAAAAAUAUAACUGAAUUUCGCAAAAAAAAAAUACUGAACACGGCAUGUGGGAGAACGGCGCAGUGCAUGCACACAACACACUUCACUUUACGGAAAAAUAUGGGCGGAGCGUCUUCAAAAAUAAAAAACGCCGUGAAUCAGCUGUAAACGUCCGGGUUUUCCAGGAAAUGCGCGACUACAAAAGCGCCAUCAUUCCGAAAAUCCCGGGCAUCGACAUCGAAGACGACCACUCGGACCUCCAUCACCACGUCCACGUCGACGAUCUUCAACACGGCCAAAUUAUCUCCUAA